UAUCAUUCCGCAGCCACAAACUCUGUGGAAGUCUUCUAUUUUUGCUAAAGUGAUGGAGAGGAAAUCCAUUUUACCGGACAACCUGCAGUCCCGGGUAUUUGCCCUGGGUCCUGCCCCGCCAGGAUUUCGUGCCCCGAAUGCUGCCGAGUUUGCAUCUGCGGAGUCGAAUCUUCGUAGGGCCAGCCGCUACCUUAAGAAUACCUAUAACAAGCUCGAUCAGUUGCGCACCGUCCUCCAGAAGGAGAAGAAUUACGCGAAGAUUACGGACUACAGGGAACAAUCCAUGGCGCUAGCCAAGCAAGUGAUUCGCUCCAAGGCACUUAUUGGCAAGUACAGGAGCAUGCUGAUUGACCUGCAGGAUGCCGAAAUCUUCAAGGUCAAGCGGCACAUAGAGCAAAUGGAGGAGAUGCUCUCCGAGGUGAACAGCCGCCUGGUCUCCCUGAGGAUUAAAAUCCAAGCGGAGACCGAUCCCACAAAGCGCGAGAUCCACGUGGGCAGCUCCUUCUACCUGGUGCAGGAACAGCACAAGACCAAGGGACUCUGCGAGCGGUGGCGGGAUCGCCUAGACCAGUUGACGAAGGCCAGGAUGGACAAGACUGAACAGCUUACUGAGAAGCCGAUGCUGAUCAAUAAACAUAAAAAACAGUUGAGUGCUGAAACCCAAAAGUUAAAGGAAGCCAUUAACUUGAAACAAAUCGGCCUAAAUAAAAGUGGUUGCAAGAGGUGUGCAUACCUAAGAAAGGUGACUAGAAAUCCAUCCAAGCUUUGCAAAGUGUGUAAAAAAUGGGCUGAUGAUAAAAAGGCUAGAGCGGCAGUAAAUAAGGAAACCAGCAUAUCGCCACAAAUGACGAAGCCGAAGGAACUAGAAAUACGAGUACGUACGGAUUCGACCUCAGAAGAAUCUACCAUCAAAUUAGAGAUAGAGCCUAUUGAAAUUAACGAGGUAGAGGAAAUGAGGUCGUUGGAAAGGGAAACUAGCUCAAAAGAAAACCUACAUCAGUCCUCCCAGUUGUUUCCCAUUAUCGUUGCUGUUAAAUCUCAAGCAACGACAGUAGUUAAGCAGGAGGAAAAUGAGCCUAGUAAUGAUGAAGUGGACCCUGCAGUAGUCGCUUCCUUACAAAAACAGGAGGAAGAUGAGCCUAGUAGUGAUGAAGUGGACCCUGCAGUAGUCGCCACCUUACAAAAUUCGCUGAAAUCCAUCGACAGUAAAAAUAUGGCCUUGGCCUACGUAAAGGUUUUACAAGAGUACGCCAUGAUGAGUGACAACUUUCGGGCCAUUGGACUGCUAACUGAAGUUGAAAAAUCGGUCGUAAAUCCGCCACAGAACGAGGAUUUCGAUCUUUGAUCCGAUCUGCGCUUAGUUUUUACCUCUAAACUACAUUUAGAAUGAGAGUUGAGACCCAAAUUAAGUAAAUAAUUAUAAAAAUAAAAUAUAUUAUAUGGUGAACGUUAGGCUCCCACUUCAGAGUUUUGAUGUUCACCAGGUAAAUAAACGUUAAAUGAAGCACUAGAUAUAAA